GGCCGUGAGAGUCGGCAGUCUCGAGGGUGCUCAGGGGCGGGGAAGAGAUCUCGAAAGCCGUUGAUUCGCCGGCCGGGAAGCUUCACCGGCGGGAUCGUGCCUGCUCUUUCCGUUUGCGUUCCUCGAAUCCCUAGAAAUUCUCCUUCUCUCUCUUCUCCAUUCCAUUUCGAGCAAAAACUUUCCAAAUCGCCGCUGCGGAACGUCUUUUCGGCAGAAUUUAAGACGAGAUCUGAAUCGUUUGGAGCAGAAAAAGGAAACAUUUUUUCCUUUUCUGCGCUUCCUUUCUUCUUCUUCUUCUGAUCAGUCCUCGCCUCCUCGGUGAGUGUUGUGGUGAGUUCUUUUGUUCGUGAGGGUGAAAUUUUUUCGAAUGGGCGGUGGAAAAGCAAAAGCGCGUCGAGGCGAGUGAUCUUCUGGUGCUGCUUCUGAAACUCUGAUCGAAAAAUUUAUGUAAUAUUAAAUGUGUUUUGCUUUUUAAUUUUUUUUUUCCUUCUUUCUUUUUUGGGUUUUGUUUCGGAAUUCGAUUCAGACGAAGUUGAGCGACGAAGACGGACUGAACUUCGAGGCGGAGGGCGGACCUUCCUUUUUUCUCGUUUCUUCGUUUUGCUUUUAGCAUUUUUUUAGUUUUGUGGAAAUUCAUUCCAGAGAGAGAGAGAGACUGAGCGAGCGAGUUUUCUGGCUUUCUGUGCUCUAUGAGGACUCGGAGGUCGAACAAUUUCUCGUUUCCGGCGAUUGUGCUGUCUGUGCUCUGUGAGGACUAGGAGGUUGAACAAUUUCUCUUUUCCGGCGAUUGUGUUGUCGGGUUUUCCGAGCGAAGUAGAAAGGAAGUAAGAGGGAAAAGAGAAAGAAAAAUGCUGACAUGCAUAGCGUGCACGAAGCACCUGGAUGGAUCUCUGAGGGGAGUGGGUGGGGACGGGGACGACGUUGACGAUUCCGGCACACCUAGAACAAAGGAGGCCGUCAAGACUCUCACGGCUCAGAUAAAGGACAUGGCUUUGAAAGUCUCCGGUGCGUACAGGCACUGCAAGCCGUGCUCAGCGUCGGACCGAUACGGCAAAGGCCAUCACAAUUACGCUGAUUCGGAUGGCAUCUCGGAGGGCUUCAACUACUCGUACCACCGUGCGGGCAGCGCCUGCUCUACUCCGCGACUCCGAGGCUGCGGCGCAGUCGGCCUUUCUAGCGGGGAGGCCACACCGAGGGUCGAUUCGCUUCCGGGCUCAAUACGGGAGGUGCUGUUCAUGGAGGAAGAGCCCAAGGAAUGGGUGGCCCAGGUCGAACCGGGUGUCCUUAUCACGUUCCUCUCUCUCCCACAGGGCGGCAAUGAUCUCAAGCGUAUUCAGUUCAGUCGAGAGAUGUUCAAUAAAUGGCAAGCACAACGAUGGUGGGCUGAGAACUACGACAAGGUGAUGGAACUCUACAAUGUCCAGAGAUUCAACAGGCAAGCCUUCCCGCUUCCAACACCACCCAGAUCAGAGGAUGAGAGUCAGAAGAUUGAAUCAGCCGAAGGUAGUCCGAUAACUCCUCCUCUCAAUAGAGAAAGGGCGCCACGGAAUUUCCAGAGGCCUCUUGGAAUGGGUUAUUCUUCAUCUGAUUCUAUGGAUCACCAAGCAGCUCAGUCACGUCGUUAUGAUUCUGGACUUGUUUCUACUCCCAACCUCUCAAGUAUCAGUGCCAAAACGGAAACUUCUUCCAUGGAUGCAUCCAGAACAAGUUCUUCUAGAGAAGAAGCUGAUCGCUCCGGGGAGCUAUCUGUCUCUGUCAGCAACGCCAGUGACCAGGAAACGGAGUGGGUUGAGCAGGACGAGCCUGGUGUUUACAUCACCAUCAGGUUGUUGCCUGAUGGGACCAGGGAGCUAAGAAGAGUUAGGUUCAGUCGAGAGAGAUUUGGAGAAAUGCACGCGCGGUUGUGGUGGGAGGAAAACAGAGCAAGGAUACAUGAGCAGUACCUCUGAACUUGACUGAUUACAUUGAAUUUCACACUGUAUCUGUCUUCUUCUAAUGGAGCUGUAUGCCUCUGUUUGCGUGUUUGUGUUGCUGUAAGGAUGUUUGUAGUUCUUGUGCCAAAAGAGAAGUAUCCUUGCUAGCCUUCUUGGUCGAUGCUGGAUCCAUCAUAUCCACUGCUCUGUUGGCAAAAAAUUGGAUCUGUUAUUGUUACAUCCUUUGUUUUUUAUCCUGCACGUAAUCUUUUGAGCGCCUCA